AUGCGGGAGAGGGCGGCGCGUCGCCGGCCGCGGCGCUGCUCGCCGCUGCUGCUUUUGGUCUUGCUCGUGAUGGCGGCGACGAUCUGCUACACCUAUCUCAUUUUGCUUCGCCUGCGACGGCAGCCACAGGGCAACGAGACGGCGGAAGCCGACGCGGCUGCGGCGGCUGCGAGAGCUGCUGAUGCCAAAGCGACGGCGGCGAUCGCCGAUGCGAAAGCGAGGUCGGCGGCAGAGGCGGCAGAGGCGGCGCUGACGAAGGACGUGGAGGCCUUCGAGCAGCAGCACGCGGAGUGGGUCGAGGGCGCCGCCAAUAAGCACGCCGCCGCGGACGACGGCGUCGCUCGGGCCAAGCGGCGGCGGCAGGCCAAGGCGGAGCAGCGCGCUCUUGCGGCGGCAGAGACGAGCGGCGCUGCGGCGAGGCCAGAGGAGGACCAGGCAGACGGGUGCUCGAGCGACCCGGCGGUGGGUUGCAUGGCGAGCCCGGCGGUGGUCAUCAUGUCGCACGACCGGGCGGACAUGCUCUCCCGCUCGCUCGGCCUCGUCUGCCCCAUGCGGAUGGCGCGCCACUUUGCGGUGUACGUGUCGGAGGACGCGGGCCGCGCCGAGAUCGCGGCGGCGGCCAAGGCGGCGGCAUGCGUCCGCGACGUCCUCCGCUACCACCAGCCGCCAAAGCAGCGCUUCCAGCCGGCGUUUGCGGGCUCGCGUCUCGAGCGCGACGCGUCCUCUGCGUGGCUGCUGCGGAGGGACCGCACGCUCUGGUGCGUGUCUGCGUGGAACGACCAGGGGUACCCGCACGUUGCGGCGAGGAGCGAGGCGAUCGGCUUGGGCUGGAUGGUGACCGGCGACACGUGGAACGACGAGCUCGCGCCGCACUGGCCCGAGGCGGCGACGACGGGGCGCGGCGAGUGGGACCACUGGAUGCGGCUCUCGUCCACCUCGCGCGGCAGGGAGUGCCUCCGGCCGGAGGCGCUCUUUGCCCCUCCGGCGCACAUCACCGCCUGGCGGGAGGCGUCCGACUUUUGGAGCACGCCCGUGGCGGGGCAGGGAAAGCUGCAGGCGGGCGGCGGGUCCUUCCGGCGCGAGACCUACCGCUCUCUCGCCACGCCGCUCGGCCUCUGGAAGGAGACCACGACGGCUCGCGCAGUGGAGAGCCCGCCAGUCGCGGCUGAGUCCCUCCUCACGACUGCGGAGUCGGCGCUAGUCUGGUCCUUCUCCGCGAACUCAUCACGCACCAAGCCGAGAGUAGGCGCCACUCUGGUCCUCGCAGACCGACGAAAGUGCCCGUGGCUGCCGCCGCAGCACGCGUUUCGGGCGGCCCACGCGUGGCGCGAGGCGCGCGAGCUGGAGUGGGUGAUGUCGUGCGAGGCGCUGGCGCGCCACUUCCCGUGCGAGGCGGGCUGCGGCCACCAGGUGGGGGACGAGCUGCCCGCGUACGUGCACGACUCCGCGCUGGACACGUACCAGCAGUGCCUCGUCUCCGACAUCGCCUUCUCGACGUGCGAGGCGGCCUUCUCGAAGACGACGCGCCUCUGCCGCUGCGUGCCCGAGAAGGGGAAGAGCGGCCUCGCGCGGCUCACGGCGAACCGCAGCAAAUCGCUCGCCACGACCACGAGACAGAAAUAA